CUCUUUGGAAAAAGUGGGUGGCGUUGUUGUAUGUCAUGGAGAGAAGCUCAAAGCGUCUCGCUGCUCCCGUUUCUAAUGUGAUGACAGCUGAUUCUACCGAGACAGAACCGGGGACCACCGUGCUACUUUCUACUAUCAACAUGUUUUCUUGACCUUCACGCUAAAAAUAGGCCUUUAUAUCCGCGUAAAAUGACUGUGUGCAGAGCCUCAAAACUGUGGGAAGUGUAGCCGCUAAAAAAAGUUGAGUCUCGGAGAAAAAUCAACUCCGCCACCACCACAUCACCACCAGGCUGAAGAAGUUGUAUGCUUGUCUCCUCUUGUCUGCCUGCCCUGAGCCCACAUUUUCCACAGGACGUUCAGACACUCUAUAGGUUAUGAGUGAUGGAAGCAGGAUCGGUGGUGCGAGCUGUGUUUGAGUUUCUCCCCAGCGUCUCAGAAGAGCUGCCACUCUUCACCGGGGAUGUCAUUGAGGUGCUUAAUGUCGUGGAUGAGUUCUGGUUGCUGGGUAACAAAGAUGGCGUCACAGGUCAGUUUCCCACCACCUUUGUGGAAGAGAUUACCAUCCCCAGCACCAAGCCUGGGGACAGACUCUAUGUUUGCAUCAAUGAUUUCAGCUCAGCAGAGCCAGGCAACCUGUCCCUAAAGAGAGGUGAUGUGGUAGUUGGAGAGGCGGGAGGGUCCAUGGACCUCGGAGAAACCUGGCAGCGUGGUUGUAAUGCCUGGGCCGUUCGUGGUCUCUUCCCCACAUCAUGUGUGAAGGAGCUGACUCUCUCAGGUCGCUCUAGGCAGCUGUCUGAGCGCUCAGCUCAGGCCCAGGCUUUAGAGCUCCCACCUUACGCUCUGGGCCAGGCCCGGGCCCUCAUGAGCCUCCAUGCGCAGCUCAAUGAGGAGCUAGACUUCCGCGAGGGUGACUUGAUCAUUAUCACUGGCCUGCCCGAGCCGGGCUGGUUUCAGGGGGAGCUGGAUGGGCGCAGGGGGAUCUUUCCAGAGGGGUUUGUUGAGCUCCAGGGAUCUCUUCGAUCUCCUCAGGAGCCCGCAGACUACCAGUAUUUGGACAAUGAUUCCGAAAGAUUUUGCUACGAGGACCCUUACGAUCUAGGAGAGAGGACAGAGGAGGAAGGUGUGAAAGAAGGAGAGGUAUUUAUAAGAGAGGAAGAGGAGCAGAAGGAAUCUACAUUAGAAAAAGAGGAAGAGGAGGAGGAGGACGGUGUCUAUGUUUUGGCACUGUAUGACUUUCGGGCCAUGGAACCAGGCGAGUUGGACUUUGAUACGGGGGAUCGCAUACGUCUUAUAAGUACUUUGGAAGAUGGUUGGCUGGAGGGGAAGCUGCGAGGGCAACAUGGUAUUUUUCCUCAUCGUUUUGUCAAAAUGGAGAACGAUGGGCAGAAAACAGAUGAAACUGUUGUUGUUGAACCAGAAGACAAGGAAAAUAGCUGUACUUCUGAAUACAGCUCAGGUCAUUUAUGUCCCGAUGCGUCAGGGAAUGAUCCUGAAUGGAGAACAUAUGAGGAUCAUACAGUGUGGGACCUGGACUACUUUGAGAGGACUGAAGAGCAGAGGUGGCAGAGUGAAAACAAAAGCAUUGGAGCUCAAAGUAGCAACAGAGGACAGAGGGGUGAAUGUAGCAAGCCUGACUCUCAGCCACGUAGACCUCUCACACCAGCACAGAGAGGGCCUGAGAGACCUAAAUCAACUCCUCCAGCCAGGCCCAGACUCCCAUCACAGCCUAGCCUGUCUGCACGUAGCCAUAGGCAUCAUAGCCCAUCUGCUGGCGCAAAUCGGUCUAGAUAUACUAAUGGUAACACUCAAUCCUUACAGUCCAAACUAACUCAUAGCCUAACCCUCCCUAGCUCUCAGUCUGGUUGGUCUAAAAACAGUAGAUACCAACAGAGGCCACCAGAGGAUGGUGCCACCACCAGUAAUACAAGUCACAGUCUUGGCCAGGCGUUAUUUAACCUUGCUGAGGACCAUAGGCAGAAUAAGCUAACUCGCCAUGCUAGUGUCAGUGACGCCGAUAUGAUGGGCAGCGCUGAGACACGGCAACGCUCCCAGCAGACGGUGCGCGGCUCCAAUGGUAUAAUGCCAACAUCCAUCACCUUAGAUGCCCUGGUAACCUCAGCCGGUGACCUGGAGGCCAAGCUAUCUGAGCAGCUUUUUGAAUUUGAGAAAAGUUUGACUUCUUCAUAUAGUGAUAAUAACAUGAGCUCUGGUGCUCCUGGGGACAUGCUUUUGGUAGGUGACCUGAACCAGCAAUCCCGUAUCUCUCGCCACUUUUCUAUUAUGGACUACGGAGAUGAAAGCGAUAUCAUGCGAGGCUCCUCGCAUUCACCAGUGUCCCACCAUUUGCAGUCGAACUCUGCCUCUUCCUCACUAGAGAGACGCAGGACCCUUCGCCCUCCCCCUCCUCGUCCUAGAGUCCUUCGUCCCCCAGCCCCAGCUGCAUACAAACCAGCUCGCCCUGCUCCACGUCCCCCUCCACGUUGCCCGAGACAAAAUACAGCUCCGCCAACCAUUUUCUACACCCCAGACGAAUCAGCUAUAAACCUCCUCGACCAAAUGACAGAAGCGCAGGCUGAGUUAGGUGACCUUGCGGACGCCCGGGAACAUGAAAUCCAGUGCCAGCUGGAAGCCGAGAAAGAGCUGGAGAGAGAGAUUGAGUUAGAGAGACAGAGAGACAAGGAAGAGGAGGAAAAGUACCAGCUGCUGCUACGGCUCCGAGAGGUGGAGCAUGACAUGGAGGCAUAUGCACACACAGCGGAGGAACUCAGGACCAUGUUGGAGGAGGAGGAGGAUGAGACAGCCCGCAUGCAAGCCAUGGAGAAUCUGGAGUUCUGCAACUAUACGCUGGAGACACUGGCCCUGGAACAGCAGCAGCUACAAGAAAUGCGCUCCUUUGAGGAUCCUGUUAGGUACCGGCACAAUGACGACCAUGAAAAGGGAUAUGAGUCGAGCGCUGGUGGCGUUGGUUCAAAACGGGGUCGCAAGCCUGUUUAUGUGGGCUCGCUAGAUCGUAACAGCUUCUACAGGAAGACCGCUCCAAGCUCUCUGCGAAAGACCCAGUUUGCCACCACCAGGAGACAAAAACAAGAGAUGACGCUCCUGUCGUCACAACCCGAACCCCUGGAGUCCUCCCCAACAUUGGACGCCAGCCCUGCUGCCGGCACCGAGGACCCCGAGCUGAGGAUGCUGGAGAAGAGGUUAAAGGUCAUUGAGGAGCUUCUGCAGACGGAGAAGGACUACAUCAAAGACCUGCAGAUGUGUGUUAAGGAGAUUGUCGAGCCACUGCAGAAGAAGCAGGUGAAGAAUGUGGACUUUGAUGGGCUCUUUGGCAACAUCAGCUCCGUGAUCGACCUGUCACAACGCUUGUUUGAAACACUGCAGGACACAGACUCUAUUGGAACUGUAUUUCUGGGCUUUAAAGCUGAGCUGGAAGAGGUGUACAAGAUCUACUGCCAGAACCAUGAUGAUGCCAUCUCUCUGCUCAAGAGCUAUGAGAAGGAUGAAAACAUCCAGCAUCACGUGUUGGAGUGUCUGGAGAGACUGAGGGCCAUUUAUCGAGAGUGGGGGAAAACCAAUUACAUCAACCUCGGCUCUUUCUUAAUCAAGCCGGUGCAGCGGGUGAUGCGAUACCCGCUGCUGCUGAUGGAGCUGCUGGGGGCCACACCGGAGAGCCACCAUGACCGGCCCCAGCUGACUCAGGCUCUGCAGGCCAUCAAAGAGAUCAACGUAAACAUCAACGAGUUCAAGCGCAGGAAGGACCUUGUGGUGAAGUACAGGAAAGGUGACGAGGACACGUUCAUUGACAAGAUCUCCAAGUUGAGCAUGCACUCCAUUAUCAAGAAAUCCAACCGAGUCAGCAGCCACCUCAAACACCUGACAGGAAUUUCACCCCAGAUUAAAGAUGAAGCGUUUGAUGAGGCUGAGAAGAAGUUCAGACUGCAGGAGAGACUCAUCAAGUCUUUUAUCAGGGACAUUUCCUUGUACCUGCAACAUAUAAGGGAAUCGGCGUCUGUGAAGGUCUUGGCAGCCAUCAGUUUCUGUGACAUCUACACAGAGCGCAGCGUCCUCGACCCGGAGCGCUUCCAGAGAGCUCACCGCUGCAUCAGCGACAAACAGUUCACACAAUUUAAGGAGCGCACAGAGGGCUUGGUCAUCAAACCGCUCACCCAGCUCCUCCUCAUGUUCGCCGGGCCGCACAAACUCAUCCAAAAGCGCUUCGACAAGCUGCUGGACUACGACAACUGCAAGGAGCGUGCUGACCGCCUCAAAGACCGUCGUGUCCAGGAUGAGCUGCAGGUGGCGCGCAACAACUAUGAGGCGCUCAACGCCCAACUUCUAGACGAACUCCCCAAGUUCCACGUCGCAGCAGAGGAGCUGUUUACUGGCUGUGUGAGGGCUUUCGCUCAAUCCCAGAAGGACUUCAUGAAGACGACACUGGGGGAGCUGAAGCCCCUCCUACAGGCUUUUUCUAACAAAGCUGGCACAGAGGGCAACCUAAUAGCUAAGUUCCAUGAAGAGUACGGUCGAGUUCUCCAACUUCUGCAGAGCUUUAGCUUCUGCCCGGAGAACCUUCCUCCAGCCACCGCCACAAAGAAGACCUUCGAGAAGAAGACUCUAGAGAAGCAGACCUCUAAAAGACAACUGCAGGGACCUCCGAACCACAGCAUGCAAACAGAUGAGCACCGGGCAGGACUUCUGGUACGCUAUGGUCCUGAGAAACUUUUCCUGGCAGAGAGAAACUUCAAUGCAGCCCAGGAUCUGGACAUCUCUGUACUAGAGGGAGACCUUGUGGGUGUAAUCAAGCAACAGGACCCGAUGGGUAGCCACAACCGCUGGCUAAUUGAUUCCGGAGUUGGCAAGGGUUUUGUGUACAGCUCCUUCCUCAAACCCUACAACCCACGCAGGAGUCAUUCGGAUGUGUCCAUCGAGAGCCAAUCAUCUAAUGAGUCAGGCUACGGCGGCUCCUCCCCUGUUUUCUCUCGCCAAAACAGCAACAGCACACUGACCUUUAACCAGGAAUCGGCCACCGUCAGCUUUUCCACAUCGCAGCCCCAAAUACAAUCAUCGCCACGCCCUUCGCUGGACUCUGCCUCAUCUCGUAGGAGUCACAGAGAUCCACCCAACCUUGACUCAUCUAGUCAGAGCAACUCCUUAAACUCCUCCCCAAGAAAUCCCUCAAGGGAAUUCUCAGACCAAACGCACCGAAAUUCCUCCAGUCACAGAGACACAGAGCCUUCUUACAGGCAUUCGGGCAAUCACAGAGACACGUAUGAUACGAGUUGUGCAAGUCCGAGCAGCCACAAGGAGAUGUCAGACCUCUCAGAGACCGACUCUUACUCUUCACUCAGAAACGGUCGGUCACAGCGGUACGGCCACACAGACAAAACCUACAGUUCAUACCAGUGGAGAAAUGGAGAUAAUAUUGGCCAGAAAAGGACUGUUUACUCCAGAGAUGAGUACAUCGAGUCAGAGCCGGAACCGGAACCAGUACUAGAACCAGAACCAGAACCAGAAGAUGAGAGUGAAUUAGAUGGGCAUCAGAUUUACUACGCUCUCUACUCGUUUGAUGCCCGUUGUGCCAAUGAACUGAGCAUCUCAGCCAAUCAGCGGCUGCGGAUACUGGAGUUCAAGGACAUGAACGGCAACAGCGAGUGGUGGCUGGCAGAGGCGGGAGGCCGGAGAGGCUACGUGCCUUCCAACUACAUCCGCAAAUCAGAAUAUACUUGAAAAAACUCCUGAGACUGUACUUUGACCUGAAGAAGGCUCACACUGCGAGCAGAAUGAACAAAAAAGACAAACAGGCAUCUGGACACGCGGCGACCCAUUUUUGAUCUGUUGUCAAAGAGUUUGAUAGUGAAAAGGACUGACUCAUUGCUGCUGACUUUGCUCCUAAAAGUGAACAUUAUAUGCCUAUAUUUAAAUACUUUUUUAUAUUAUUUGUACUUACUGGAAACUGCACCCAUUUCCUCUCGUUUUCAGUGGAACACCUGUGAAUUGCUCCUGAUUUUUGCCGUAUUCUCUGGAGCUGAAGACAAUGUUUAACAGAACCGUCUGAAAGGUUAGCGCAUUGGGAGAUUGCAAUGGAAAUGUGAAGGUUUCGGGUUUAGACUGAUUCUUAUAAACAUACAACAAGUGCUAUGCAAAAAAAGACUGACCUAAACACUGUGUUAAUGACUUUUUCCAGCAUGUGGUUUAUUACACCACUAGAAUGAUGAAUAUUAGAUGGAUCUAUACCAUACUGUUUAACAAUCAAGGGUUUGAGGCAGUUAUGAGGAUUAUCCACUGGUUGCGAGUUUUGAAGUCUCUACAGUGAGGCCAUCAACAAGAAUUUGGAGUGUUGUAUGAAAUUAAUAUGGACUAUUUGAAUUACAUCCAAGAAUGGCAAAUGCUACAGUAUAUGGUUUACUAGCACCCACCUUGUCAAUAACCUAAAUACACUUUUUGACUGGGCUGACACUGUGCAAUCAGGUGAUGAUGAGCCAUUUUCCCUGUAAGAGGAAGUUAAAUGAUCUUCAGUCUGAUUUCUCCACAUCCCUCUUAUGUAAAUCUAUAAAUAGGCUAGUGCUGUAUAUUGAGAAUAUGCUAUUGCACCCACUGUAAAGUACACACUGUUUGAAUAAAAAACAGCUAAGCUGAUAAAUCAUGACAGCUCUGAAA